AUGCGUGCAAUGUCUUUGAGCACUAUACUCAAUGAUCAAGAGCAACAGUGUCCUUUGGCAACUGUAACGAGCUUUGUAUCUGCCAUUGUUAUUAUUAUUGGACUUAUCCUUUCCUAUUUGCUUCAGGUUUACCGAAUUGUAAAACUUGGAACCUCCAAAGGUCUUAGCUUUUCCUACCUGGGCUUGGGCUACAUCGGUGUAUUGAAUGCUCUUGCCAACGUGAUCACUUUACAAGUGAUCCCUUUAACAAAGUGCUGCCAUGAAUUUUACUCUACUCGCCAAUGCUUUGCCAACUCCAGCGGUUUGAUGCAAGUCGGUUCUCAAGUAAUAUCAAUGGGUGUCGUUUUGCUUUCCUUUUGGAUGUACCUUCCUCGCCCUAUUCAUUUUAUCUCCAACGAUGAUGAAAGCGGCGAUCCUAUCCCAGAACCUUUAAGCAUUACGAAAAGCAAAACCUGGCGCAACACUUCUUAUGGCUUGCUAGGCAUUUUUGCUUGGGGUCUUUGCAUCUGCAUCUUGUCUGCUACUGUUUUAACUUACAAUAUGGCUUGGGCAACCUUUCUUGGUUUUAGUGCCUCUUUUUGUGCUAUUGUCCAAUACGUCCCUCAAUUUAUUUCUACUGUUCGUCAUAAGUCUCAUGGCGCUUUGAGCAUCCCCAUGAUGGCCGUACAAACUCCCGGCGGUUUCUUGAUCGGUUACUUAUUGUCGAGACUCCCCGGUACAAACUGGACGAGUUACAUGAUGUAUGUUGUCAGCGCCUCUUUGCAAGCGGUUUUGCUUUCUUUAUGUUUCUAUUAUCACUUUCAAAACCAAAAAGCCAAACAAGAGGAAGAAGCUCUUGCCGUGCAACGCGAAGAAGAGUGUCAACGUGCUGUAAGAGUGUUGGAAGAAGAAACUGGUCCUUAA